AUGAAGAUGUUCUCUCAGCUUGUGGCCCUGAUGGCUGCUACUGCAGUCGCAGCUCCGGCCCACGAUACAAAGGUUCGCGGUCUCGUCGCCGACGACGCUCCCCAUUCGAGUGACCAGAACUUCAUCGGCGCCGUGAUGCGAGCCCACUGGUACUGGCGCACCUUGCACUGUGCUCAGCCGCUCGUCUGGGACAGCGAUCUUGCCGACGCAGCAAAGGCGGAUAUCGCAGAGUGCACCCCGGACCCCGAGCAUAAACGUGCCGGCAGCAACCUCUCCUCAGUCAACCUCGCACCUGAGAACUAUGACGCCUGGGUUGAGUUCGCCCGCACUGCUGUCCAUGGCUGGCACGAGGAGGAGACCAAGUAUCCGUACAACAACCCACACUACGACGCGUCAUGGGGCCACUUCACUCAGAUGGUGUGGCGCAACACUACUCGCAUUGGCUGCGCACUGGGACACUGCCCGACUACGGUUAACUACCCAGGUCGCCUCUACUGCUACUACUCGUUCUUUGGCAAUAAUGUUGCGACUGGCCAGUUCGAGGCGCAGGUUUGGGCUCCCGUUUGUCACGAUCCAGAUGCUGCGUCGGUGACGACGCGCGACGAUGUCCAUUUCGACUGGACCCGCUGA